AUGCAAGAUAGAAAACUUCCAGACUUUCCUCCACAACACGGAUUAUUUUAUCCCAACACAUCCCGACUCCAUGAGGGUUCUGGAGAAAUGAUUGGUAUGGUUGACGUAGGAGGUGGGAAUUUUGUGAAUGUUGUAUUUAAUCCCACCAAUACAGCAAAUCCGAUUCAUCCAUUUAUCCCUUCACAUCAUCCUGACCCCAACAUGGGAUUUAUUCAUUAUCAGCAGCAGCAACAGCAACAACAACAACAGCAGCAGCAGCAACAACAACAACAACAGCAGCAGCAGCAUAUUCCCAACAGUACAUCUGUUCAUAGAGAUUAUGGUUUGUUCAACUCUGGAAAUGAAAAUGGAAGUCAGAAUAAUCAUCAGCUGAUUGAGAAUGUUGUGGGGAACUGGUUGCCAAACAAGAGUGGAACAUACAGUCCAUUUGGCAAUGUGACUCACACACAGCCUGAGGUUUAA